AUGAUUAAUUUAAUAAAAUUAAUUGAAAAGAAAACUUGUGAACUUUUUUCGUCUUAUCCAAAUAUAUGGAAAGGAAACAACUCGGCUUUUUUUUUUUAUAUAUUAAAUGCACAACAUGAAGACAAAAAUUUAAUCAGGAAUAUUUUCCCCAUUCUUAAAAAUUCAGAAAACGCUUAUAAAAACAUUUACAUAUCUUUACUCCAAUUUAGAUCCAACGAUUUUUCAGCAAAAAUGAAAACAUUAAAAUAUAUUUUUUAUGAGUAUGUACUAUGUAACGAUACAUGCAAAAAAGAAAUCCAAAGGGAUGAAAUUCAAGAGUUAGAUGUGACUAGAGUAGAAAACAAGACCAUCUUCAAUGAUGCAACAAAAUUUUCCACCUUCUUAGUAGAAGAGAACGAAUCUAUAAAUGUUGAUCAAGAAAUGAGUUGCUUCUUCUUUUCUGUCAUACCUCAUUUGAUUAUGAACGACUACCUUGCGUUCCUCAAGGAGAGAAAAAAGGAGAAAAAUGAAACUAGAUUGAGAUUUCUAGUGAAAGGAGGUGGGAAGAAAAAAUCAAAAACAAAGAAAGGAUACAUUAAGGACUUAAUUAGAUACACAGCAAGUAAAAACAUCUUGCACGAGUGUUUCCAGAAUAUCGAAGAUAAUACACAUAAUGAGAAUGUAAAAGGAAAUAAUGAACAAAACAUGACCAGGAUGAAUAAUAUUCUAGAAGAACGAAAAAGAGUAUUGGGAAAUGGUGGCUAUAAAAUCUCUGACAUAAACAACUUUACAAAUGGGAGAACAAAUAGUUAUGCAAUACAUUCUGAGAAUAAUAAAGAAUUUACUGCUACUCUUAAAAAGGGAGAACUAGAUCAGGACAUAGAAAGGAAUGAACAUGUAUGUUGUAUUAUUGAGAAGCAUUACAGCGAAAAUUUUCUUAUGGGUAUUUUUUUUUACAUAAAAAAUAUGAUAGGAUAUUAUGAAAAAUUAGUAAAUGAAAAAAAAAAAAAAAAAAAAAACUCAUUUAAGACAGGCAAAGAUUACAUUUCCUGCUUUAUAAUGCAUAGUAUAUGUAUUUUAUUUUACAUAUGUUGUAUGAACCAAAAUUUUAUAUCUAUUUGUUAUGACUUGAUAAAAAAUAUAAAAAAUAAAUUAACCAUUUAUAUGAAUACCUCAAUUAUCAUUUCCAUGUCAGAAUUUAUUUUAUUUUUUUCUUCUCAUGAAAAAUUUGUCAAUGUGUCUAAUUAUUUAUUUAUGAAUUUUAUACGAGAAUAUAAAGACUGCCUAACAGCUGUCUCCUUUUUUGAUUUCAUCAUGAAAAAUCUUUAUAUACUUGAGGAUAGAAAUUUUUUUUUCAAAAAAUAUUGUUCUAUAAUAUUGAAGGCUUACUUUUACCAUUACAGAAUUUUUAAAAAUGACUUGAUUUACCUACUGCCCUCCUUAAUUUAUGAGAAAAACUACAAGGAUGUUUUCUGCUUCUUGCUCUACGUGCCACUUUUAGUGGACAUGGAAAAUGUGGAAAGCAUAAGAGAUUUUAACUCACGGAAGGGACAAAACCCAUCCCCUCAAGCAGAUAUGGAUUUUAAGAGAACUAAAGAAUAUGUGGAAAAAGGAAAAACAACUUUGUUGGUUCAAGAAUUAGAAGGAAUUAAAACACGAGUAGAAGAGAAGAACAAACGUAAGGUAAUGGACAUUCGAGACAACAUACCAGUAUAUUUGAAGGCCUACUUUGAAUCUAUCAUCCGGCUAGAGGAUAAGAAAAAAGUGAGACGUUCGUGGGUGGAGGAAAUAACAAAAAUAAUUUUGCAUAAAUUGACAUGUUCAGACAUACUUGAAAUUUUAAAUAAGGAGAGUAUAAAAGAAAUAUUGAAAAAUGUAAAUUAUAUAGUUCGUAAUAAUUCGAAAAUAUUAUUACAUUUUAAAGGGGAAUUUAUAAAUUUAUUAAAAAAUGAAUCACGGUACUACUAUUUCAUAAAUAGAAAAUUGCUACAAAUUUUAGCAGAAAAUAUAAAACAUAUGAAAAUAACAUAUGAUGAUAUUGAAGACUACUAUAUAACAUUAUAUUCUUUUUUUUCUAACGAAAAUUAUAUCGAAUUAAAAUUUUGGAUUUCUUUAAUUCAUGCAUUUACAAAUAUAGCUAUAUACUGUCAUGACCUUUCAACAAAUGUAUUAACUGCAUACACAAAAUUUAUUUCUCAAAGUCAAGUAACAUUAACAUUGAAGCAAAUUGUUAUUCAACAUAUUUCUCUCAUAAAGAAUGUAUCCUAUGUGAAGACAAUUUCUUUUUAA